AUGUCAGAGGAUGAAGCUUCACUCCAUGAAGAAACCAGCCUUGCGACUAAUGAUGGAUGUGAAGUGAAUCAGGGUCGCGAUAUCCUAGAGACGUUGUCAGACAUCGAUAUGGAGUUUGACCAGAAUACGUCGCCUUCAUGGACCGUUGACGAGAAUCCGCUAUUGCCUUCUUCACCCCUGACUAUGAACUUACUCAUGGAUCGGAGCGAGCUCAGACACGAGCAUGAAGCAUUCGACGAUGAGGAUGGCUACCCAGAAGAUAUUUCGGACUACGAAACCCAUCUAGAAGCUUAUAGCUCACCACUCUCACCACGACCCUCCUCGUACUUUGUAAGAACUUCCGAACCAAACAGCGAGGCCGACUCAGAGGGGCAUACGCCGAAUCAAGCUUUCAACUUGGCAGAUACAUCACUGCCACCUCUUAUUUCAUUGCGAGAACUGGUCGCGGUCGGUCCUGCAAGUUACAGUGAUCGGUCGAACUUCGGCCCUGAUAACGGCGAGAACGACUUCGGAGAAGGCCACCAUGCUAAUGACCCCCAAAGGCAACGGUCGAUUUCUCUCGUAUCAUACUGCGAUUGGCAAAGUGACGAGGACGAGGAUAAGGGGCCGCUCUCGGAGCUGUCGUUCCAACCAACCAGGCAUGACCGCCAAGCGGAUGAUGAUGAUGAUGGGAUCUGGCCAAGCGAAGUCUUCUCCGGAAGCGAAAUUGACCUUUACGAUGAUUAA